GCUACUCCUAUCAUAGGAUGUGACUUGUUAGUCGGGAAUAAAAAAGGAAGGACAUCCAUCGUGAGUUGAUUAGUUAACGUUAAGUCGUGACUGAUUUACAGAACUUUCCAGUUUUUUGCUAACCAUAUUUCCAGAACUACAAUUUUAUUGUCAAUGCUGUUGUUCUAAAUGUCACCAUCCGGCUCAAGCAUGUCUUGUGGCUACAUUUUGAUUUGUCUGGCACUUUUGUGCAUCACGUGCUCCUUAUGCCAGGAUGCUCCCUCGACCGACUCUGGAAAGGAUCUCAGAAAUUUUGUUGGAUUGAAUCCGGAAACAUCAGAUGCGCGAUCAAACAGAAGGGCUGUUAUAAUUCUUUCGGGCCAUAACCUAAGUGGUGAUGCCACCCAUCGCUCAACAAACGAAGUUAGGAAAUCUGAUUUAAUUGGUGUGGCCAUGGAUAUGGAGGAUCGUGAUCCCAAUUCGCUGUAUGUACAUUUCGACGGAGACACUUUAAUCAGCUCUCAGCCUGUCCUGUUUAACGAUUUGGAAAAUUCGCAAGCCUCGGCCGGUGACAAAUGGACUGGUGUUAUGGACGGAAUCAAAGCACACCGCAGCAGCGAAAACACUCCCCUGGCUGAUUUGCUUAUUUUCGAGGCGUACCCCGAAUCGUUUCCCCAACAGGUAACAGCAUUAUGCGAAUCGUUGUACUCCACCGGAAAUUGCCAGAUCGUUCAGGGCCAGGUUGCAUCGGAGAACGAGGCUCGUUUCCGCCGAGCAGCUGACGAUAAAGACAAAGAUGAAGAGAAUGAGGUUGAGGAUGAACCACCUGGUUUCGAUCCAACGCGUGUGCUUCCCAAAAUUCCUUAUUCGGCUGGAUUUCAGCUGCUGUUCUGGACCACGCUGGCCAUCUUCUUAACUGUGUACGGUGUUUCUUGGGCAAUGUGGAAUAUGGACCCCGGUAGGGACAGUAUCAUCUACCGCAUGACGUCGGCUCAGAAAUACAAGAAGGAUAAAUAAUUGGGAGCAGGGCAGCUGUCGUUUUAUCGUGUGUACCGCGUUGAUUGUGAUAUUAUUUGGUUAGAUUUGAUUUUAUUUAAUUUAGUAUACGAUUAGUUGUGUUUUACAAACGCUUGUUUCUUUGCUUGCACAUUCCGUUUUUGUUGCACGAAAAUAGAAUCAUUCUUCGGAUUUCGAAGCUCCUGUGUUUUGGGGUUAACUACUACUGAUGUAGCUUUAAGUCUACGGUUGUCGAUGAUAUAUGUGCAAAUGCAAAUACAGUACAUACAACCUUAGUAAACACUUACUUUUAA